AUGGAUGAAAGCGUUUCAAUAAAAUUUCUGUAUGCAUUUUUAAGUAUCUUUGUCGAACAAGCGAUGACACUAAAUUCACGUUCGUCUUAUAUGUCUUCUAUGACAGAUUUUCAAUUACAAUGUGCUAAUACAACUUGUUUACCAUUGUCAACCGUUGGUCUAUCAACAGUUCUUCAAUGUGAAAUAGCUUGUUUAGCUCAAAACUUAUGUCAAGUAGCGAGUUUUAACAAAUUAUUAUUCAUUUGUCAAUUAUUCACCAAUAUGACCUAUCAGACAAGUACUGUUAUUCCUCAAAUGAAUUCUAUUCUGAUGAUCGUCAUUUCAAGAACUCAAAUUCCAAUAGAUUAAGUCAUUCACAACGUUAACAUCGACAAUACCAACUACAAUAAUCUCCACAAGUACUAUACAACAAUUCUGUCCCCAUGUGUUCCUCAAGCAAGUUCAAAUGGAAUAUUAUAUUCUGCUAUAAAUCCAUCAUCAUCGAAUUAUCCCACAUACACAUGUUAUGCAUAUAACUGGACUGCAACAUCUUCAUCAGCAACAUUGUCUUUCGGUUUUCGCCAUGAUCCUGGUAAAUGGUUACUUGAUGAUAUUCAAGUUUAUUUCAAUGGAAUGAAUUUAAUCACAAAUGGAGGAUUCGAAACUGGUGAUCUUACCGGUUGGGCUCGUACUGGCACUUGUUUUGCAUCAGUUGGACACGUUGAGUCCGAUGGAUAUGCAAAAUCAGGUGGUUAUUACUAUCGGCUGAGACAAGACCAAGUUUUCAUUUUCGAGAAAACAUUAUUUAGUUUUAGUUCUUAUUUAUUCGAGCUUAUUGCAACUGAAACUUCUUUUUUUUGUCAAACAAUAAAACGAGCGUAUUUUAAAUAG